CAUUCUGAUAUUAUUUCUCUGAAAAGCCCCGAGGGGACGUGAAUUAAGUAAAGUACGUAAGCUUAAGUAUUGAUAAUGUCCCUUCUUUUGUUCUAAACGGGCUACACACACAAAUUAAAUUUGCUUGUUUGGUUAGUUUGAGCUAAUAAGCAAAUGCUAAGGUUUGCCAUGGAUAUCUCGGUCCUAAACUUUUUUUGUUUACUUUUUUACUGAAAGGUCAUGAGAAAAGACAUUUUUGAAGAAAAACAUGUGAUCAUUUCAGUUAACAUCAUUAUAUUCAAAAUUUCCUCUGCGGAGAUUGUAGGAAGUUUCAAAUAGUAAAAUUUGGUUGUCUAAUUUUCACCAACCCAGGUUAUGAAACAUAAUUAUAAUAAGCUGAUGAAGCUAAUAUCUAGGUUUGAAUGUUUGUCCUAUAGCAAAAACAUUGAUGCAAAUGAGGAUGAAGAUGAUGUUACAAGUGAAGAGGGUGAUGACAAUGAAGAUGUGGACAAAGCUUUGUCACUAUUUGUAAAGAAAGGAAAGGCCAGGAAGGGCAAAAGACCUGGGCGAAGACCUCGAUGGUGCCCGAAAGUUCUUGAUGAUUUCAUUGACAUUGUUGUUAACAGCAAUGAGUUUAAAACCAAACUGAUUUUUACGAACACCAAGAAUCAGAGAAAUAGUCCAAUUUAUGCCAAAAUCUUGGAUGAGCUGAAAGGCAGGGCAUCAGCAAGAGGUGACAAGUUCAACAUGUCAAUUGCCCAGCUGAGGACCAAGUUCAAAAAGUGUGUCAGCCAGUGUAAACAAGCUGCACUAACUCAGAAAACUGCAACAGGAAUAAAGAGGUACCAGGAAGACCAUGGGUUUGGAAGCUGGUUCAAUGCCUUGUUUGCAGUGGUUAAAACGAGGGAUUCCUGUCAGCCCGAACGUGCUUUAGAGCCAUCAUCAUCGUCCUCUCCAUGUACCCCUGGAAGUUCUCAUGAUGACCACCCUUCUGAUAAUGCUGGGGACGAAGAUGCCCUGUAUAUACCAAAAAGGUCUGCAAAGAAGGAGAAAUUUGCUAAAGAUAAACUUGACAACACCCAAGUGAUGAAACUCAUCACUGAAGUUGUCAGAAAUGACCCUACAAAAGAGAUGAUCAGCUUUCUGAAAGACGAAAUGGAAAAGUCCCGAGAGCAUGAGUUGAAGUUAUUUCAACUCAUGCUUGGUCAUAGAGCCAAUUCAGGCUUGCCUCCAUCAUCCAGUAUGGUGCCUCCAUCCUCCAAUAUGGAAACAGGGUUUUACCAAUCAUGGAAUCAGGGCUUUCCCUGUCAUGAAGCAGGGUUUUACCCAUCAUUGCAGAGUUCUCAAGGGCCACAACAAACCACCCAGGAAAGCAUGUCUGAAGGUUCUUAUGGGAACCCUUUCCUUUAUGGCAAUGGAAAAUACCAGACAUUGUAGACAUAGAGCUUAUUAGUUAUAAUGUGCUCAUAACUAUUACUUUGACCACAGUUCUUCUCAGGUCUAUUUAUUGUGUUGCAUUGGACAGCAUUCUUACUGGUUUUAACUUAAGUUCUUUUUUGCAAGAAUAGAUUUCUUUUGAACACUUUGAAUUAAAAAAAAUGGUUGAAUAUGGAUAAAUUUAUUUGUACGUUUGUUUCAGUUCAAUAUGUUGCAAAAUGAUGAUACAGUAACAUUUUUUAGUACCGUAGUUUUUUGAUUAAAUGCCGGGCUUUCAGUAAAUGGCUGGUCUCCAAGGUGGAGUUUUAAAUAAACCCCUGAAGUAUCUAUUACAGGUUAAACAAGGUGCAGAUAUAACGUAACAAUUUAUGUCUGUACAAAUGUUACCCGUGCCCCAUUAUAAAGCCAUACAAAUUUAUGAAGAAAUAACCAGAACUUCAAGAAUAAAGAGCUCAAGCGAGCUUUGGGGGUCAAAUGAACCCUAGUUCCACAAUGUUUCAAAAAGGUAAAUGCCAGGGGUUUUUAAUUGAGAAAAGACGGUAUAUCUGCUGUAGGGCAAUUGCAAAAUAUACAUAACAAUCAAAGGAGUUUUAUUUAACAUGAAUAAACUACAAGGAAAAUGUGUGUAUAUCAGAAGUAAAAUAAUUAUAUGUUGAAUGUUUUUUUUUCAACAAUAUUUGCAGUACAUAAAAAUUGAAUGUUUAAACUUUAUUUUUCUAUUAAUAUUAAAUCUAUGAAAGUCAUCUUUCAUUGUUGUUUCAGAACAUAAAUGCAAUUAAAAGCAAUUUACCAUUUAAGCUGCAUAGUCAAUGGACAAGUUCUCCUUACUGGUCUCUUUGUUUCCUUUAGUAUUAGUUGGGAGAAUUUUUAAUUAUUCAAGGGGAUGUCUAUUUGCUGAUCACUUCCUUAAUUCUCACAA